AUGGAAGAUAAAACAGCACAAGGAGAAGAAGAACAUACAACUGCACAAGGAAGAGAGCAAAAUACAACUGCACAAGGAGGAUCGGCACAAGUGAACAUCUAUCCUCAAUAUUCCACGAAAUCAAAUAAGGCGUUGGACGUUAUACGGCAAACAAUGCUUAAUUAUCCAACAUCAGUUCGUGAUAAACUGGUCGCAAUAUUGAAUAGUAAUGGUAACAGCAAUUCAUCAACAGCGCAAUCACCAUCGACAUCAAUACAACCACAACCACAGCCACAAUGA